UGAGCGAGCGUGUGUGGAUGUGUGUGCGCGCGCGGCGCUGAACUGAGCGGAGGUGAAGAAGAGGAGGAUGAAGCUGGGAGCGGAGGAUGGGAGGAAGAGUGGAGUAAGAGACAGGCUAGCUGUGUGUGAAUGAGUGAGUGAGUGAGGAAGAGGAGAGGAAGGUCGUCCGAGGGAGCGAAAACAAAGACUUGUGUAUCCGCGGAGGAGCUCCGGAGCAUCGCUUAGCGGAAACUUUCAACUUUUUUACCCGCCACGGCUCGGCUUGUUUUGCCCGGAGCCGGCUUUUGUUUCGCGGCGGGGGUGUCUGCGAUAAAUGAAGGAAUAAAAUAGAUCCCCAUCGACCUGUUUCUGCCCGCGCGGGGGAAGACCCGGGGACCGCUUUUGAUAAAGGUUACGAGAGAAUGGCGGCCAACAUGUACCGAGUGGGAGAUUAUGUGUACUUCGAGAACUCCUCCAGCAACCCCUACCUGAUCCGGAGAAUAGAAGAGCUCAACAAGACGGCCAAUGGGAACGUGGAGGCCAAGGUGGUGUGUCUGUUCAGGAGGAGAGACAUCUCAGGCAACCUCAACACUCUGGCAGACAGCAACGCCCGAGAGUUCGAGGAGGAGUCGAAGCAGCCGGCGCUGGCCGAGCCACAGAAGCACCAGCUGAAGCACAGAGAGCUCUUCCUGUCCCGACAGUUCGAGUCCCUGCCCGCCACGCACAUACGGGGGAAGUGUAACGUCACCCUCCUGAAUGAGACGGAUGUGUUGGCUGGGUACCUGGAGAAGGAGGACUGCUUCUUCUACUCGCUGGUGUUCGACCCGGUCCAGAAGACGCUGCUGGCCGACCAGGGGGAGAUCCGGGUGGGAUCCAAGUACCAGGCCGAGAUCCCCGACAAGCUGGCAGAGGGUGAGGCAGACACCCGGGUGCAGGAGAAGCUGGAGACCAAGGUGUGGGACCCCAACAACCAGCUGAAGGACCCCCAGAUUGACCAGUUCCUGGUGGUGGCCAGAGCUGUGGGGACCUUUGCUCGAGCCCUGGACUGCAGCAGCUCCAUCCGCCAGCCCAGCCUGCACAUGAGCGCCGCCGCCGCCUCCAGAGACAUCACGCUGUUCCACGCCAUGGACACGCUGCAGAAGAACGGCUACGACCUGGCGAGGGCCAUGUCCACGCUGGUGCCCCAGGGCGGCCCGGUGCUGUGCCGCGACGAGAUGGAGGAGUGGAGCGCCUCCGAGGCCAUGCUGUUCGAGGAGGCGCUGGAGAAGUACGGCAAGGACUUCAACGACAUCCGCCAGGACUUUCUGCCCUGGAAGUCCCUGGCCAGCGUGGUCCAGUUCUACUACAUGUGGAAGACCACCGACCGCUACAUCCAGCAGAAACGGCUGAAGGCGGCGGAGGCCGACAGCAAGCUGAAGCAGGUCUACAUCCCCACAUACACCAAACCCAACCCCAACCAGAUCAUGGUCCCCGGCAGCAAGCCGGGCAUGAACGGAGCGGCGGGCUUCCAGAAGGGCCUGAGCUGUGAGAGCUGCCACACGACCCAGUCCCCCCAGUGGUACGCCUGGGGCCCCCCCAACAUGCAGUGCCGGCUGUGCGCCUCCUGCUGGAUCUACUGGAAGAAGUACGGCGGCCUGAAGACGCCCACGCAGCUGGAGGGCGCCGCCCGGGGCGGCUCGGAGUCGGGCCCCCGCGGUCACAUGACCCGGCAGGAGGUGCAGGGCCUGUCGCCGUUCACCCGCAACGAGGGCCGCGCCAAGCUGCUGGCCAAGAACCGGCAGACCUUCAUCCUGCAGACCACCAAGCUGACCCGCGUGGCCCGCCGCGUGUGCCAGGACAUCCUGCAGCCGCGCCGCGCCGCCCGCCGCCCCUACGCCUCCAUCAACGCCAACGCCGUCAAGGCCGAGUGCAUGAUCCGCCUCCCCAAGGCCACCAAGAACCCCGCCAAGAGCAAGCUGGUCCCCCGCCAGUCGCUGGCCGCCAUCGUCAAGGACCUGGCCAUCUCCGCCCCCCUGAAGCUGAAGGCGUCCAGAGGCCCGCCGACGCCCAUCAACCGGAACCAGGCCAGCCAGCCCCGGGGGGGCCAGAGCCUGCUGGGCAAGAGGGGCUUCGACAGCGCCGCCGGCGUCCCGUACCCGGCCAACGGCAGGCCGUACUCCUCGGUGGUCCGGACCACGUCCCAGUCCGUCAUCAAGAGGCAGAAGGUGUGUCAGGGGGAGGCGCCCAACCCCGUGGUGUUCGUGGCCACCAAGGACACCAGGGCUCUGCGGAAACACCUGACCCAGUCGGAGAUGCGCCGGGCGGCCCGGAAGCCUCACCUGCUGGUGCGGAUCAAGCUGCCGGCCCCCCCCCGCCCGCUGCCGCUGCCCCUCCUGGCCUCCAGCACCAGCGAGCCCAUCGUCCUGGAGGACUGACGGGGGGGUGUGGUCUCCCCUGGUUCCAGUCUGCUUCAGCCCCUCUCUCUCUCACACACACACACACUCUCUCUCUCUCUCUCCCUCUCCCUCUCUGCCCCCCCCCCCCUGUUUUUAACUGUAAUUUAAAUGGCGCUGAU